AUGGGGACACAGAGUGGUUGUUUGACCUACUGUGAUCCUAACAUAGAAGAUCUUAAAGAUGAGUUUACAAAAUUAAUUGUGAAGAGAGAUGCGUUGCAGAGGUUGGUCAAUGAGGCCGAAAGGGAAGGGGAAGUGAUCAACUAUGAUGUUUUGAUUUGGCUAAGCACGGUGGACGUGACGAUCGGCAAAGUCUCGCGUUUUGAAGAUGAAGUCAACAGGAGAAGACGAUGCUUGUAUUGGCUGAGUUUGAGUAGGCAAGCGCAGAAGAUUAAACAACAUGUUGUUCAUCUCCUUGAAGAAGGAAAAUUCGAAAAUGUAGCCCAUCCAGCAGCUCCACAGACGAUACGGCCAACAUUAACAGCAGGCGUUAGAGGCCCUAAAUCCAGAAUAACAGUCAUGAAUCAUGUCUUGGAGGCUUUGAAGAAUGAAAACAUAAGAAUGGUUGGGAUUUGCGGGAUGGUCGGUGUGGGUAAAACCCUAAUGGCGGAAGAAAUCAUUAAAAUAGUUCAAGGAAAGCUGUUUGAUGCGGUUGUGAUGAUAGGUGUGUCCCCAAACCCAAACAUUAGUAAAAUACAAGCUGAAAUUGCAGAUACAAUUGACCUAGAAACUGAAAAGGGAAGAGAACGAAUCCUAUGUGAAAGGAUCCUCAUCGUAUUAGAUGAUGUAUGGUCAGUACAUGAUUUUGAGGCAAUAGGACUUCCGCUUGGACAUUCACAUAAAGGUUGCAAAGUUUUGGUGACGUCAUCGAAUUUGGAUGUGUGCUAUGAGAUAGGGAGUCAAAAGAACUUUACACUCCCGCUGUUAACUACAGAAGAAGCAUGGGAGCUAUUCCAGGAGACAAUAGGUGAACCCUUGGAUGCUGAUCCUGAUUUAUGUGGUAUUGCAAAAGCGCUCACAAAUGAAUGUGGAGGUUUACCGUAUAGUGUCGUAACUAUUGCGAAAGCGCUACAAAAUAAUAAGAGUAAGUAUGAAUGGACUAAUGCCCUUCAGCAACUAAAAGCGCAUGAAAUUCCUCCCCAAUCUUAUUAUUCUAGUAUAAAACUCUGUUAUGAACGACUGGAGAAUGAUGAACUCAAGUCAUGCUUUUUACUAUGUUGUUUAUUUCCACAAGGUUACGAUAUUCCAAUUGAUUAUUUGGUUAGAUAUGCAUGGGGACAAGGAAUAAUUUCUGACAGUUUUGAUUCAGUGGAGGCAGCAAGAAUGCGAGUACAUUCUUUGGUUGUCAAACUAAAAAGGAGGUUUUUGCUGCUAGAUAGCAGCAAGGAAGGCUGUACCAAAAUGCAUGGCGUAGUUCAUGGCGUUGCCAUAUCAAUUGCUUCCCAAGAUAUGGAUGUUUUUAUGGUACAAGAUCAAGCUGGAUAUAGAAGUUGGCAAAUAAAUCCUCCAUGCAAACAGUACACAACAGUUUCACUGAAUAAUGUUCAUAUUGACGACCGCAUUGUGACAGGUUUGGGGUAUCAAGAACUUAAACUUCUACAACUAAAAAAUGGCGAAAUUUCAGAAUCUGCCCUGGAAAGCAUGUUGAAAGGGAUGAAGCUCCGGGUUUUAUCUUUCAUACAUACAGGUUCAACAUCAAUUAAAGUGCUGCCAAGACACCUUCGGACCUUGUCUCUAGAUGAUUGUACACUGGGAGACAUAUCUGGUGUUGGGAAAUUGGAGAAUCUCGAGAUCCUCAGUUUUGCGCGUUCCAACAUCAAAGAGUUACCGAGAGAAGUUGCAGAUCUUCAACAAUUAAGGUUGUUAGAUACGACAGAUUGUUCUUAUCUGAAGAAAAUUCCUCAUGGUAUCCUAUCCACAUUAAGUAAACUAGAAGAGCUGUACAUGACACGCAGCUUUAAUAAAUGGGAGCCUGCAGAGGAAGUCGAUCAAAGCAAAGAAGGUGAGAUCCGGAUGGCAAGCCUAGCUGAGGUGAUGUCUCUACCCUCUAAAAAUUUGACAGUUUUAGCCAUAGAUAUACCGGAUUUCAAGUUGUUGCCAGAAGUUGAAGUGCUCUUGGAAAAGGAAACAACAAGAUUUCAUAUAUCUAUAUGCAAGGCUAAUACUUUUCCUAUGCCACAACCCCUGGAUUACGGAUUUAAAAAUACUGUUAAGCUUGCUGGUGAUGCAAAGGAGUUCAUGCAAAAUGGAGAUGUUAGAUUUCUGUUGAGGUACUCUAGAGCUUUGUACUUCAGAGAAACUAAAAAUCUGAACUGUGUCCUCAAUGACCAACAAGAAACUUGGUACAACUCCAGUCCUUAG